AUGCUACUGCGGGAGACGCUUCAAGCACCUGUUCUCGUUGAUGACAAGGGCCUGUAUCACGUGAAAGACGCGAGGCUUGGAUUCCAGAACUUACCAAACCAGGCCUCGAUUUAUAACCAGAAGAAGCACGUAUGUAAUUGCGGCAAGGUGUACAGUCAAAAGAGUUCGCUUGAUCGACAUCUACGGUACGAAUGCGGAAAGACGCCAAACGUGCCGUGCCCGCAAUGCGGGAAAAUGUUUAAACACAGGCAUCACGUGACGCAGCAUUUGGCGAAAUCAAUGUGGCAACAACUGGCGCAUAAUCGACAACGAUCGAGAACGCGUCAAGGGAAGGAAAACGCGAAGCAAUGUAACGAAACGAGAUUUUUCUGCGAGUCUUGUGGGAAAUCGUACAAGUGGAAGGAGUCUCUGCUUAAGCACAAGCGCGUGGAAUGCGGAAAAUUACCGCAGUUCAGUUGCGAGGUUUGCGGAUACCGAUUCAUGCACAAGCAUCAUUUGGUUAAACAUAUGGCCGCGAUUCAUCGAAUGUCUCCUCUGAGCGGGGCCGCCAUCACGUCUUCCAGUAGCGGGAAAUUUAAGUGUCUCUAUGAAAAUUCUGUUGCCAUGGAAACGAUGUUUGAUCCUCAAGCUCUCGAGGAAUCAGAUUGUUCCAAAAUCGGGUUGUUCCUCGGACGAUCGAGAGAAGUGGAAGAUUGA